AUUAUUACAUCAAGCACAUAUUUAACAGGAAUUCCGCAAAGGUGUGGACAUUUUUGUGCUCGUAAAACGCGAAAUUGUUCGAGCAUCUGUCGCCUUCGUUUCAUCGACAGGAAAACAGAAAAAAAACGUAAUUAUUGCCAGCGAGAGAUAAAUGUUACAAUGAAUGAAUGAGAAAAUGUUGACGACAGACUGCAGAAAAAUCAAAAGUGUUUUAAUCAAUAAUCACAACAAAGAUAAGACAUUAAGUACGGGUGACGCGAUCAACGGGAAAAACGUCGAUUUCAUGAAUGGCACCGUUGUGGACAACAUCACUGCCGUCGUUUAUCGCAACUCGACGGAAUUUUUCGACACAAAUUAUGCACAAAGUACAUUCCUCGAGGAAAAUGCCACCGACGACGACGAUAUCGCUGUUUGUCUCACAUGGCCUAAACUGGGCAUGAUAUUGCUCUUCAGCUUGCUGAUAAUCGUCACAAUUAUCGGCAAUACAUUAGUGAUAUUGUCCGUGUUGACGACACGCCGCCUACGCACCGUAACAAAUUGCUUCGUCAUGAGUUUGGCCAUGGCUGAUUGGCUUGUUGGCGUGACAGUGAUGCCACCUGCUGUCUUCCUGUACAUCGUUGGUACAUGGCGACUCGGAUGGAUACUUUGUGAUAUAUGGAUCUCAUUAGACGUUUUAUUGUGCACAGCAUCAAUUUUAUCAUUGUGUGCCAUAAGUGUGGACAGGUACCUUGCCGUUACACAACCGAUAACAUAUUCAAAGAAACGAAGGUCAAAGCGUUUAGCCUGCUGCAUGAUAUUCAUCGUGUGGAUUAUAGCGCUCGCCAUAACAUGUCCACCGUAUUUCGGCUGGUACGACAACAAGAAGCACUUUGAAUCCGAAAUGUUCAACUGUCAUUACAAUCAGAACAAAGGAUAUGUGGUGUUUUCCGCGAUGGGUUCUUUCUUUAUUCCGAUGACUGUCAUGUUGUACGUCUAUUCAAAGAUAUUUUACGUGCUGAUGUCGAGACAACAUAGAAUGUCAAAAACAGAGAUGUCCGAACGUACUUACGAAAUAGAGCCGGAAAAUUACACCUCAGAAGUGGACACCAGUGUUGCGAGUCCUCGUCUCAUCGCCAAAAGCUCCAACUCAACCACCAACUUCCCCUCAUCGCAAAUGGGCUCGCAAAUCGAAAAGGACACGUCGCAUCACACUUUAUACGAACUCGUGGAUCUGUCGAAGUCGCGCCCAUCAAUCCGAAGCUUGCCAACGUCAACAAAAUAUUCGUGCAACCCCCUGAAGCCCUAUCACUCCGUCACCUUCACCCAAAGUCAGUUGUCGAUAAAUGAGUCGUGCUUGUCAACGAGUCGCUUUAAAAUCCACAGUCAUGGAAACCGCAUCCCCAUUCGCAUCUCGUCACUGCGACGCGAAACCAAAACAGCACAAACACUCUCGAUGGUGGUCGGGGGCUUCGUUAUCUGUUGGUUACCAUUCUUCAUCUGUUACUUAUUGAUGCCAUUUGUCAAGACAGAUACCAUCGGAGAGGAUCUCAUGUCGUUUCUUACGUGGCUCGGAUGGCUUAACUCGGCAUGCAAUCCCUUCAUUUAUGCGUUCUACAAUACGGAUUUUCGUGUAGCUUUUUGGCGACUCACAUGCAAGAAAUUCUACAACAAAAGCAGGCAGGAUUUGUCGUACUUGAAGAACUGACAUAAAAAUCAAAAAAUUGUUAUUAUCAAGACAGAAACUGUGUAGAAAUUACCUUUUCUCAUUGUUUACCUUAAAUAAGUGCGAGAAAAAGAA